GAAUAAUAAUACCAAUAUUAAAAUGGGAAGUGCAGUAUCAAUCUUGUCCGCAACAGCCUUCAGUUGGCUCAUAUCCCAGCUAAUGACCGGUGUACUUUGGGAUGGCAAGAACCAAGACGGAACCCCGAAAAACCCCUGGGCACCAAGCCCUUCUAAUCAGCCUUACAUCUGGAAUGCCUAUGAUGAAGUAGCUGAAAGACAGUACCGAGCAUUUACCGAUUGGGCAAAGGAACUUGGAGCCUUGAUCUCGGUCAAGAUCGGUCAGAAGCGUAUGGUUGUACUCAACAGUGGCAGUCUGGUCCAAGAAUCAUUCGUGAGACUCGAACAGAAUAACUCUGCCCGUUCUAUCAGAGAUGGUGUUGAGGUACUCAUGACCGACUCUGGCAAGACCGUCUUUGCUGCACCUUUUGAGAUUUACUGGGUCCGUAUUCGCCGUGCAAUCGCUAUUAUUAUUGGAGCAGCCUACAUCGCCAAAUUCGAUGGACUUUUCUCUGCCCAAGCAGCAAAGCUCUCUCAGGGAAUUCAGUUUGAAAAAUCUAGCAAGAAUGGCAAGCCGAUCGAUGCUGAACAUCUGCGCCAAUUAGUGAACUUGAUUGCAAUGGACACCUCAUUGGCCAUUGUCGUUGGUCAAACUAACACUGAUCCUGCCACAAUGUUGCUCAUUUCAGAAAAGUGCAGGGAGAUUGAGGCUAUCCAGGCCAACAAGUGGUAUCAGUACGGUCACUUUAUCAAUAUCAUCCAGAGCACCUACAGUUUCUUGGCUUUGAUGAGAAAAAGCUUGACUGCCAUUGCUCAGCGUAAUGAUCUGCUUGAGGUGUUUUUAGAGUGGACCAGCCCUUUUAUUGCUAACCGUGGCGACCAGACAGUAGAAGUUAGAACCAUUGCAGAGAGUCUGUUGACCAUUCUUCCUUCCAAGAACGACCCUGAGCCAGCCCAACUCACGGCAGAUCAAGUGAUCGUCAACCUUAUACACAUCACCCUUCACAGUUACAAGAACCUGUCUUCGGCACUAUUCACUUUGAUUCAGCGUCUUGCCAGCUUACCAGAAUUGCAGGAGCGCAUCUAUGCGGAAGUUUUGAGUGUGAAGGACAAGGAGGGUACUCUGGAUGACUGGCCGUUGAUCGGAGCUCUUAUUAAUGAGUCGAUGCGCUUUGAGCCUCCUAUGCGUAUGUAUUCCCAUACAUCUAGAGUUGAGCACGAUAUUCUUGAUGGAGAGGACAAACCUUUCCGUAUUGACGAUGGUACAGAAAUUAUUGCCAAUCUGGAUGCAAUUCACUUUGACGAACAAUACUAUGCUGAGCCACACACAUUCAACCCUGACCGAUUUUUGGUGAAAGAAAAGAAGUCGGUGUCUAUCUUGGAUAAGAGAACAGAAAGAAAUGAUGAUAACAAAAAGUCAAAGAACAAGUUUAUGCCUGCUCGAGAUCAUUUGGCAUUUGGUGCUGGUCGCCGCAAGUGCCAGGGUGCGAAGGCAAGUGAACGUAUGUUGGCUGCCACAGUUGCUCGCCUAGUGAAGAGUUACAAGCUGGAGGGCGGUGAUGCCAAUGUCAAGGUAGACUAUCAUAGCAAUAUUUGGUCAUGGACUGGAAGAACCGAGACAAAGGGAGACGAAAUCAAGUUCAUUAGUCGAUAAAUGUCGGUAGAAACGACAUUGCCCUUAAUUUAUAUUCUUCUACGAACAAUCUUUCUUUUAUACCUAUCUA